CAAGCAGCACAGGUCUUUGACGUGAUGUUGUUGGUUGAAGCAGUGUGAAAAAAGGUUGACCUUUUGUUUUGUUUUGUCUCUUUUUUUUUGGUCGACGCUUGUCCGUGCUGUUACAGAAAUAGCGGAAAGGCUGUAGGGACAGAAACAUGUUGGAGUGUGGCAUGCUGAAGCGGGACGCACAGGCUCUGCUGAAGUCCUCUGCUGUUCUCUGUAAACAGAUGGUGGUCGACGAGCUGCUCGUUCAGUUGCUGCAAGCAGACGAGAUCCUGACAGAGAGCAUGGCAGAGAGUAUUAUGGCUGAGCCAACGUCUCAGAAACGAAGCUGGCAUUUGCUACUGCUCUUACCGAAGCGAGGUCCCAGAGCCUUUCGCAGCUUUUGUUCAGCUCUGAGAGACACUGAGCAGCAGCAUCUGUGUGAUCUGCUCACACAGUCACCACAAAGAGAUGGCAAGCACACAUAUGGCGAGAGGUUUUUAGACUCUUCUCUUCCACUUUCCACAGAGGAGGAAAUCUCUGCCAAGAGAGCAAGGACAAACGAGUGUAGUCUGGAUGCAGAUAGCCCCAUCAGCAGUCCUGUGCUCCCCUGUACUCACGACUUUUAUCUUUCUCAUUGCCAGAAGUCUUACACAAUGAACUCCUCCCCACGUGGCUUUGCCUUGGUGAUUAGUAAUGUGACGUUUGACCCUAAUGCCACCCCUGACCUUGAGCCUAGAAAGGGAGGUGAAGUUGAUGAUGAAGUCCUGAGGAAGGUCUUGACAGAGCUGGACUACUCAGUGGCAGUCCACAGGAACCUCGCGCUUCAGGGAAUGCAGACUUGUAUUGAUAAUUUCUGCAGACGGCCUGACCUUCGGACAGUGGACAGCUGUGUGGUGUGUUUGCUGUCCCACGGAGUGGAAGGAGCAAUAUAUGGCACAGAUGGACAACUACUACAGCUGGACUGGGUAUUUGAGGCAUUUGACAAUGCACAUUGUCCGCUGCUGCAAAACAAACCAAAGAUGUUUUUCAUUCAGGCCUGCAGAGGAGAGGAGAUGGACUGUGGAGUGGAGCAGCUAGAUGGGCCAGAUAGGACCACUUCACCAAGCUGUGAACAGCGGGAUGCCGGGAGGGAACACCGGGGAAAUGUGGAGUCUAGACAGACAGGGGAUAUGGAGAGACCCAGGAUUAAACUUCCCCAACGCUCCGACAUGAUCUGUGGCUUUGCAACUCUCAAAGGUCAGACAGUUUGCACAGCAGCCAUGAGAAACACCAAGAAAGGAUCCUGGUUUGUCCAGGAACUUAAUGCAGCACUCCGCCUCCGUGCCAGAGACACACACCUUGCAGAUAUUCUGGUUCAGGUAAACAGCCGAAUUAAGGAGCGCGAGGGUUAUGCCCCCGGCACCGCCCACCAUCGCUGUAAAGAGAUGUCUGAGUUCACCAGCUCAUUAUGCAAAGACCUCUACCUGUUCCCCAAGUACCAGCCCCAGUACUGAUAUGCAACUAUGCACACGCAGAUUAUUCCAUAAAGCACUUUAAAAAAAAAAAACAAUAAUGCAGACCACACACAUGGACAUUCCUGUUAGUGUCACUGAAGAGACACUUUAUUAAUUCUGCUUUCUAUUUGAACAUUUUUACCAAACCCACACGUACCCAAGAAAAAAAGGAGCAAACGUAUGCUAAUCUGCUCUUUCUGUACUCACAAAUUGGUCAUUUUUAGCAUCCAGUGUGUUGACGUGUGUUUAUCUCUGCCAAUUCUAAGGAUUAGAUGUUAAUCCAUCAAAGUCAGACACAAUCAUAAUUGUCUUGGCAUCUGUUUUCUGACUGCAGAGCUAAUUUUGAGGUUUCACUCGUCUCUUUGUAAAUGCUUUUUAUACACAGAUGUAUUUUUGUGGCUUUAUUUUGUACCAAGUGUUUUUAAAAAGGGGUUUUAAUUCCAUUCUGUUUGUACAUAAUGUUUAUUGUAAAUUGUGACAAGUCCUUGUUUAAGCAAAGUGACAGGCAGGGGGCAGCAGACAACAGCGGGGUUGACCCAGCACAAAGAAAUGCAUGCAACCCCCCCACCCCCUUGCUGUAUUUUUGUUGUUUUUUUUCCCAAUCAAUUUUUCAUGCUUUAUUUACUUGUAUCUCCUGCAGUCUGUGAUAUUUAUUGUCAUGAUCACAUCCAGUUCUUAUUUCAGAUGCAGUCAUCUACAUUUAUGAUUAACCCUAAUCAGUACACAUGGGGUCCAAGUGUAUUUACUGAGCCGCUAAGAUGAAAUUUUUUUUGUAAUUGUCACCUAUACAGUUAUCUAUCUUCAGUUUUACUUAUGUUGAUCUGGUUUGGCCUCACGCCCUAUGACGCUGGGAUAGGCUUAUGAUGUUUAGUGAUUAGGGUUAAACUGUAAUGUUAUUGCUGCAGGUUUUCAGCUUAUUGGUUUCACCUCUUAUUUGUUUUUUGUUUUUUUAUGUAGAGGAACAUCACUUAAAGGGCAGCUUCAAUCAUAACUGAAUUUCAGACUUUUAUCCAUUAUUUUUUUCCAUGUGUACCUUCAGUUGGGUCAUUCAACUUUUUAACUACUAAUUUCAUGACAGCGCCCCCUUGUUUCUCUUCAUUGCUCUUACAUCAGUGUAGAGCUACCAUGUCAGGUUAGCGGUCUGUCAGGGGAAUGUGGUGCUACUUUCUAGGGUUGUACACUUGCAGUGUAAACUCUGACCUUUACUCAGACUCUUCUACAGACACCACGCGUUUAGUCUCCGUACUGUAUGUUUAUUCUGCAAAUAGGACAAUAUAGGUUAAAUAUACCCUUAUUUUCCUCAUGUCUUCCGAUAAUACUGUAGAAUGUUUUCUACAGCAGUGUGUACCAUGUGUUAGGUUCCUCCAAGAAUAUAUGACCAUGGUGGAGCUUUCACAGUAUAUUGUAUUGCUUUGGCCUUCCCACACAUGGAUGUUAUUUCUCAAGGCUUAAGAAAAACCUUGAACAGGCAAGUGUGUUUUGUUACGACAAUGUUGUAGUGACAUGGAAACAGUAUUGAUUGUUCACCAUAUGUGUGUACAGUUUGGUUUACACUCUUUGUGAACGUGCUCACUCUGCUUACGUUUUGGUAAUUAGAAUUUCUAAGUACAAAACGUCAACAGUGGAGUUGAACCAAAGGGUGACUCUACUCCAGGGUGAGAAAUUCUGAAGGUUCAGGUUUGUUGCCAAAUUCUGCUGAGGUGCUGUAGGGGAUGUUGGGGAUUUAGUUUCUGUCAAUCCCAGUUAGUGCCAAAUGUUCUACACAAUAAACAGACUAUAGAUUUCAAAUGA